AUGUCGCCACAACCGACAGGGCAGUUGCCCGAUGACAAACCCUUCAAACCCACAGCAGCAGAAGAGCACAUCGCCAUGACAAAGCUCGACUCCUUGACUCCCGGCGAAGUCGUCGAGCUCGAUGCCACGGAGACAUUCCUGCGCGAGCACAACUUCAGCAACGAGUAUAUAGACGAGCUCCUCAACGACACCGCCCUCAACAAAAAGCUCAUCCGCAAGGUCGACAUAAUCCUCCUCCCACUGCUCAUGGGCACCUACAUGCUGCAGUACAUCGACAAGAACGCACUGUCCUACGCAGCCGUCUUCGACCUCUUCACCGACACGGGCAUCACCUCGGACCAGUACAGCUGGUUUGCUAGUAUCUUCUACUUUGCCUACAUGGCUGCUGAGUACCCGUGGCUGUUCCUCGCGCAGAAGACGCGCAUGGCCAAGGUAGUGUCCGGAUGUGUUAUUGCUUGGGGAUGUGUGCUGCUUUUGUCCGCGGCGGGGAGUAACUUUGGUGCGCUGGCGACGUGUCGGUUCUUCCUGGGUGUUUUUGAAGCGCCCAUCACGACUUGUUUUAUGAUGAUUGUUUCUAUGUGGUAUACACGUGAGCAGCAGCCUUUCAGAGCUGGUAUCUUCUACUGCUGCAACGGUGUCGGAGCUAUGCUGGGUGGCAUUCUUACUUACGGAAUUGGUCAAAUCAACGGCUUCCCCGUCUGGAAGGCUGUAUUUAUGACCUGUGGUGGUAUGACGGUAGUUUGGGGCUUCGUCCUCCUCUUCUUCCUCCCUGACAGUAUUAUGACCGCACGCCAAUUCAGCCUUGAAGAGCGAGCUCUACUCAUCGGACGCAGUCGUCUUGCUAGAACUGGUGUCUUAAACAAGAACAUCAAGUGGAACCAGAUCCGCGAGGCUUUCGUCGACCUUCAAGUUUGGCUCCUGGUUCUCUUCAUGCUUCUCAACGAGACUAUCAACGGAGGUAUUGCCAACUUUGGAAAGCUCAUCAUUAAGGGCGUUGUCAAGGAUCCUCUUGAAACCGUUGCUCUUGGUAUUCCAAUGGGGGCAUUCCAAGUAUUCUAUAUCCUUUCUGGCACGUUCCUGGCCUCCCGUGUCAAAAACUGCCGCACCAUUAUUAUGGCUGUUUACCUCAUUCCUACGAUGAUUGGAGUUUGCCUGAUCUGGAAGCUUGAUCGUGAACAUCACAAAGUCGGUGUUCUUUUUGGCUACUACAUCAUCGGCGCCUUUGUUUGUUCCUUGGUGCUCGCGAUGCAGAUGCCUGCCAGUAACCUGGGUGGCUACACCAAGCGAAUCACUGCUUCUGCCAUGGUCUUCAUCGCCUACUGUGCUGGCAAUGUCAUCGGCCCCCACGCCUUUUUGGGCUCAGAGGCCCCUCUGUAUCCCACUGGGUGUAUCACCAUUCUUGGCUGCUCGGUUGCCCAGAUGUUUGUUGCAAUCAUGCUAAGAAUACUGCUGGCGAGAAGAAAUGCGCAGCGAGAUGCGGCGGCAGCGGCUGUUGGGAUGGAAAACGAGGAUUCAUCUUUGACAGAUGGAGCUGAUUUGACGGAUUUCGAGAAUCCCCAUUUCCGUUACGUCCUGUAA